CCGGGGCCCGUGGUCGACCUGCUGGACGCGGUGAAAGCCCCAGAGGAGCCCAUGGGGGUGGGCCGCACGGCGGGGCUGUGCCCCCAGGACACGGCUUACCGACUCGGCGAGAGCACCAUGCUCACCGCCUCCACGGCCCACCUGUUUAGAGAGGGAUUCCCGGCAGACUUCUCCGUCGUGCUGGUCGUCCGGCUGAAGAUAGGCACGCCGCGCUGCGCGCUGUUCACGGUGUACGACGAGGCGGGCGACGAGCAGCUCGUGGUGACGGUCGGCGAGGACGUCCUGCUGUUCUACCGCGUGGCGCCCGAGGACGAGGACGCCGACCGGGACGCCGACAGGGAGAAGGCGGCCACCGUGUCCUUCGGCGCCAACAUCGCCGAUGGCGAGUGGCACCGGCUGGGCUUCAGCGUCAAGGGGGACACGGUGACGCUGGUGCUGGACUGCAAGAAGCACAUCAACUACGCCCUCAAGAGGGGCUCGGCGCAGAUCAGCACCUCGGGCGUCGUCCUCAUCGGUCAGCAGCUGCUGGAUGAGGGCAUCUUCACGGGCGACGUCCAGGCGCUGUACGUGUCGCCGUCGCCCGAGGGGGCCUACGACAUGUGCACGUCGCUGAGCACGGACUGUUCGCGGCCGCCCUGGAGGGCGAGCAACGCCUCGGACGUGGCCGCGGCGUUGGCCAUGGCGCCCAACAUCACCAGCGUGACCGUGCCGCCAUCCGUGUUCCGGCGCACCGUGGCGCCCACGGCGGGGCCGGCGGGGCCCCUGGACGACCUGGCCAGCAGCCUGGUGGACGUGGACGGCCAGCUGGUGGACCUGGGCGGCGCGGAGGGCGGCGGCUUCACGCGACACACGUACGGAGUGUCGCCGUACGGCUCCAGCACGCCGGCCUACAACUUCAGCGAGGAGAUCACCGAAGACGGCGACCCCUACUUGGCGUCCUCCUCGGCGCGAGGCGCGGUCGGCCCGCGAGGCUACCCGGGCCCGCCGGGGCCGUCGGGGCCCAUGGGGCCGAAGGGGGAGCCCGGCCGCGACGGGCUGGGCGGCGUCAACGGCAUCCCCGGGCCGCCCGGCCACGUCUUCCUCAUCCCGAUGGCGCAGCAGAGCGGCAACGAGAAGGGACCCGACGGCAUCGCCGACAACUUCCGCCAGCUCCUGUCGCAGCACAUGAUGUCGAUGCGAGGCUCCGAGGGUCCGACGGGGCUGACCGGGGUGGCGGGGCCUGAGGGCCCCCCGGGGCCCGAGGGCCAAAAGGGCGAGCCGGGCGACGUCGGCGAGCAGGGGCCCAGGGGGCUGCGGGGGCCGCAGGGACUGCCGGGCAGGGAGGGGCGCCGCGGCCGGCCGGGCAGGGACGGCGAGAGGGGCGCCACCGGACCCCCCGGCGUCAAGGGCGAGCAGGGCGUUCCGGGGCAGCCAGGCUUCCCCGGCGAGAAGGGCGAGCGCGGCUCCACGGGCAGCCCCGGCGAGCAGGGCCUUCGCGGCCACGACGGCAUCCAGGGCGAGGACGGCCCGCCCGGCCUUCCCGGACUCCCCGGCGAACUGGGACCGCGCGGCUUCGCGGGGCCCAGGGGCUUCCCCGGCAUGUCCGGGCCGCCGGGCAUCCCCGGCACGGAGGGCGGGCCUGGCCCCAAGGGCGCCACGGGCCCCCCCGGACAGCCUGGCGCCCCGGGCCAAACCGGCAACGUGGGGCCUGUGGGGCCGCCUGGACCCCAAGGACAGCUAGGGCCUCCCGGCCUUCCGGGACCGCAAGGCAAGCCCGGCAUCCCCGGACUCCUCGGUGCCGACGGCGCCCCCGGCCACCCUGGCAACCCCGGCGUGCCCGGGGCGAAGGGCGACCAGGGCCCCGCCGGGCCGCAGGGCUCCGUGGGCUUCCCGGGGUCGCGCGGCGUCAAGGGCGACGAGGGCAAGCGGGGCAGCCCUGGCGACAAGGGCGACAAGGGCGACCGCGGGCUGGACGGCGAGAAGGGCGACUUCGGGCCCAAGGGCGAGCGGGGGCCGGCGGGGCCCAUCGGCGCGGCGGGCCUGGAGGGUCCAGAAGGCCCUAAGGGCUUCGACGGCCCCAGGGGCGAGACAGGCCCAGCAGGCCCUCCGGGCGAGAAGGGCAAGCAGGGCAUGCCCGGCACCCCCGGGUACCCGGGCCCUCCCGGCGACAAGGGCGACAAGGGCUCGGAGGGGCGGGCCGGCCAGGUCGGCGACAAGGGAGAGCGGGGCAACACCGGAGCGGCGGGCGAGCGCGGCGAGGCCGGACCGCGGGGCUACCGAGGGGCGCGCGGCCGGCGGGGCGGCGACGGCACGCCGGGGCCGAAGGGAGACACCGGGCAGCCGGGGCCGCCAGGCGCCCAGGGCGAGCGCGGCCCCCAGGGCGCGGAGGGGCCCCGAGGGUUCAUCGGCCCCCAGGGCGCGGCGGGGGCGUCGGGCAAGGACGGCCAGCACGGCCCCCCCGGCGAGCGCGGGCCGCCUGGCGAGCCAGGGCCGCCGGGGUCGGCGGGGUCACCCGGCGUGGUGGGGCCCGCGGGACCGAGCGGCGAGCCGGGGCCGGUCGGCGAGCCCGGGACGCCAGGGCACCCUGGUCUCCCCGGAGAACCCGGCCAGCCCGGAGACAGCGGCAAGGAGGGUGCGCCGGGGCCGGCCGGGCCCACAGGCAAGACGGGGCCGCCCGGGGGCGCCGGCCUGCCAGGAUUCCCAGGCGAGCGAGGACUGCAAGGACUGCCGGGCAUGCCGGGGCUCAAGGGAGAGGCGGGGCCCAUUGGGCCGCCGGGCCCCACCGGGGACAAGGGCCAGCAGGGCGAGGCGGGCAAGGAGGGGCCUCCUGGACCGGAGGGCCGCAAGGGGCCCCAGGGGUCUCCAGGCGGUCCCGGGCACAAGGGCGAGAGGGGCGAGGCGGGCACUGCCGGACCGACGGGCCGUGACGGCCUGCCCGGUGGGCGGGGACUCCCAGGGCCUCCUGGUCCCAUCGGGCCCCCCGGCGAGGACGGCGACAAGGGAGACGCCGGGCCUCCGGGAGAGAAGGGCUUCAAAGGCGCCAGGGGAGAGACGGGCGGGCUGGGCCCCGUGGGCCCCCAGGGGCUGCGCGGCGAGCCGGGCCCCAUCGGGCCGCUGGGCGAGAAGGGCCCGCCCGGCGAGACGGGCCGCCAGGGCCCCAAGGGCGAGGACGGCCCCACGGGGGUGGCGGGGGCGCCGGGCGCUCCGGGGCCGCAAGGAAUGCCGGGCCCUCCGGGUGUCAAGGGCGAGAUGGGCGACGUCGGCUCCAAAGGUCCGCCCGGACCGGCUGGGCCCCCCGGCGAGGCCGGGCAUCGCGGCACCAAAGGACCAGAAGGACCGCCAGGCCCCCAGGGCUUGGAGGGCCUGCAGGGCGCCAAGGGCGAGCCCGGGACGCCAGGACCCCCCGGGCCGCCAGGAUCGGACGGCAAACACGGCGAGCGGGGUCCUUACGGCCCUAAGGGCGAGGAAGGCCACGCCGGCGUGCAGGGACCCCCCGGUCCCAGGGGAUCCCCGGGGCCGGAGGGCCCCAAGGGCAACGCUGGGCCCCCAGGCUUCCCCGGGCCGCCGGGCGAGGCGGGGCUGCAGGGCCCCAAGGGCGACACCGGGCUGGACGGUGACGACGGCAAGGCCGGGGACCCAGGGCCGCCGGGAGAGGCAGGGCCACCCGGGAAGCUGGGACUCACGGGGCCGGCCGGCAAGCCGGGCCCCGAGGGCGCGGCCGGGUUGCAGGGCAGCACGGGCCCCACCGGAGAGAAGGGCGACCGCGGGCCCCUGGGAGCCCCCGGCCUGCAGGGGCCCAUGGGGCAGCAGGGCGAGCCGGGCCCACAGGGACCUCCUGGCGGCAGGGGUUCGCCCGGAGCGGCGGGCGAGCCCGGGGCCUCAGGCAAGGCUGGCGGCGAGGGCGCUCCGGGCAAGGCCGGCGCGGAAGGACCACGGGGACCCAAGGGCGACCGAGGCCGCCGAGGACCCAAGGGCCACCGUGGCGAGAUGGGCACGCCGGGACUCAAGGGCGAGAGCGGUGAGAAGGGAGACCGCGGCAAGCCAGGCCCGCCGGGCGUGGAGGGCGUUAAGGGCAACCAGGGACCACUGGGGCAGCUCGGCCCGAAGGGAAACGACGGCCCUCCCGGACUUCCAGGCCUUGAAGGGCCUCCAGGGCCCAAGGGCUCGACGGGGGUGGCCGGCCUCAAGGGGGAGACCGGCCCUCCCGGUCCGCCAGGACCGCCCGGGACCCCCGGAGAGCCCCCACUGGUGCCACCCGAGCUGCUCUUCCAGAGGGAGAACAAUGUGAAGGCGGACACGCGCAGGAAGCGCGAGGACAAGGACGGUGCCAAGCUCGGCGACGUGCUGGAGGACCCAAAGUCCGUGGACAUCGGCCCCAAGUUCAUCGACAUGUACACGUCCAUCUACUCGAUGCGACAGGACCUCGACAGGCUCCGGAAGCCCGUCGGCUCCAAGGAGAACCCAGCCCGGACGUGCCGCGAUCUCCACUACGGACACCCGACCUUCGACGACGGCUGGUACUGGAUAGACCCGAACCUGGGCAUGGCCGACGACGCCGUUUCCGUGUUCUGCAACAUGACGGGCGGCGGCGAGACUUGCGUGUACCCAGACGUGCACUCGAGAGAGAUGCCCAACAUCCCCUGGAGGAGGGAGGGGGACAAGAAUGACUGGUACUCCAACCUCCGCGGUGGCUUUAGGAUAACUUACGAGACGAUCGGCGUGGUGCAGGCCACCUUCCUUCGCCUGCUCUCGGAGCGCGCGCGCCAGAACUUCACGUACACGUGCAUCAACUCGGCCGCCUGGCUGCCCGAGGGCUUCGCGCAGGGCACCAAGAAGGCCGACAAGGACAACGCGCUGCGCCUGCUGGGCGACGACGAGCACGUGUUCCUGGCCAACGACACCGGCCCCGAUAGGCCGGCCGUGCUGCACGACGGCUGCAAGUCUCGAAAAGCUAAGAGUGAAACCGUUUUCCAAGUAAUGACAAAGAAAAUGACGCAUCUACCCAUUGUGGACUUCUACCCAGUGGAUUAUGGAUCUCCACAUCAAGCUUUUGGUUUUCAUGUGGGGCCUGUGUGUUUCAAAUGAAGACAACAAUUGGACCAUCUGCAUUUAUAUGCGAAAUGACCCUCAGCUUCGAGAAAGGAGUGCUUUGAAAGAUAGAGACUGAAUAAUUAAAGUGCAUCCAUUACAAUGCAUUUAGUGUCAUCAGCAGAACUGAUUACAUCAGCAAUGUUUUAAAGGACCAGAGCAUUUUGAAGCUGCUCAUAACAUCAGUGGAAAAGUGUAGAGCUGUAGGACUGAAUACCCACUGCAGCCCUCAAACAAACAUUUGUUAAUGUAUUAGAUUAAGGGAAAAUCACUGCCAAAUUAUUACCAUAUAGAAUAAGAAACUUUAAUUCUAUUUAUGAGCUUAUGAUUUUUCUCCACAAAAAAUUGCUGUUACAAAGAAAAUUUUAUAAAGUGUGCAGUCAUACAUAGUAUAUUUACUGCAGUCAGACCAUAAGCCUAAUAAUUUUUAAGAUGUGAACAAUUUUUUCAGGAAAUAAAAUAUGCACCAGUGUCAUAA